CACUCUCCCUUUCUUCUCCUCCUUUCCAAUUUUCCCCAUUUUCCAUUCUCUCUCUCUCUCUCUCUCUCUCUCUCUCUCUCAAUGAGUUGAGACUGGCGAGAGUUUUAACAGACAAAUACCAACUACUAGAGAAUAGAGAGAUUACACAGAACAGAGGAAAAAAAUAAGAAGAGCAAGAAAUGGGCAAGUACAUGAGGAAGUCCAAGUCCGCAGGGGAAAUGGCAGUCAUGGAGGUUUCACACCCACACCCACACCCACAGUCACAAGCCUCUCUCGGAGUUUGCACCCGAGCCAAAACCCUAGCUCUCCAGAGGUCAUCGGCUUCACCUGUCACCUCCGGCUCCUAUCUCCAGCUCCGGAGCCGCCGCCUCGAGAAGCCUCCGAUUCUCCUGCCCAAACGGCUCGAGCCCAAGAGGCAGAAACCCAAGGCUAGUUCUAAUUCUAGGGCGACUUCGAGGCUUGGAGUCCAUGGUUCGGUGGCCAAGGCUCAGGGCCAGAAGGCUGAGGAGGCUGACGAAAUGGCGCCGAAAGAGAAAGAGGGUCAAGAAAAGAAUGAGCACAAUAACACCAACAACAAAGAAAAUGGCGAUUUGGGUGUCGAAGAAGCUUCCUUUGGAGAGAAUGUGCUCGAGCUUGAAGGUAGAGAGAGGACCACAAGGGAGUCAACGCCUUGUAGCUUGAUAAGGGAUCCAGACACCAUCAGAACCCCCAGUUCUACUACCAAGCCUACUAAUUCAGCUGAAGCAAAUCGGAGAAUACAGAGCUCAUCGCAGAGGCACAUACCAACAGCACAUGAUAUGGAUGAGUUCUUCGCUGGUGCUGAAGGAGAGCAGCAAAGACAAUUCAUUGCGAAAUACAACUUUGACCCUGUGAAUGAUAAACCGCUCCCGGGACGUUAUGAAUGGGAGAAAGUGGAUCCUUAGAAGAUAUAAUUAGCAUUGCGUCAGGAGUUCCUUUCCUGCACAUUCUUGGUUGAUCUUGGGCUUAGGAAACUUAAACUAGCAGGGUUUAGUUUUUAGUAGUUGAGGUGAUGGUUGUUAUUUCUAUUUUCCAUCACCCUUCUUUUACUUGUAAAGAAGUAGGGACUGGCAAAGAUGUGUAGACUAAUGGUCUGUAACAUAACAGAUGUUAUGAGUACACAACAAAUACAAAUCAAAGUCCUUUGUCUAACAGAUCAUGUAAGAGAAGAGAGGAAGGGAAAGAGGGUACGAGAUGUAGGGUUAGGGUUAGAUUUCAGUGAAUUAGGUCAGUCUAAGUAGUACAGAAAGUUACUUAGAUUGAUUUUCUUUUUGUCUUGUACUCUGUAUUUUCCUCCCCUUCUUUGUCUAUACUUGUACUGAUGCAACUUUAGGAAACUCUUGGAAUAAAUGACCCUUUUUCCCCCUCUUCA